CAGUCUAAAUUAAAAACAUGGUUCCUCCAGCGAAUCAGAGUAAUGCGGACACGAUGAUAGCCAUAAAAAACCCCAGCCCGAUAGACGAAAAUAAGAAUGUAACGCUUUCUAAUGUGUCAAAACCAAAACCGUUACAUGAAAAAGUAUUCAAACAAUCCGAUUCGUAUAUGACGGAACUUUUAAAGGAUGUGCACAUACAAACCAUAUAUAAUAUAUUCUUAGUGGCGAUGUUUUAUCUAAUAACAUAUACAAUUUGCCAAGAUUAUUUCACCUAUGGCAGAAUUUACUUGGGUUGGCUAACACUGGAACCAGGUUUUAAAGGACUUCAAUAUGCUAUUGGCUGCUGGUUUGUUAUGCAUUUCAGCGCGUUUCUAGUAUAUUUUGGUGUCUCCUUAUGGCUAAAAGUACACGCUUUAAGUAAGCAUGCUAUCUACAAGUCAUUCAUAAAUACGGUGUUCCUAGCAUGCUACAUCACAACGGUCUGCGCGAGCUUUUCCUUGUGCGCGCUAUGCUGUCUACACUACGACCUACGUUUGGGCUCAGCGCUCUUUAUCUUAAUGGAGAGCACGCGCAUCAUAAUGAAAAUGCACGCCUUCGUACGUUCAACAAUUGGCCAAAGCGCCGAACCAGCAUCCACAACUAACAGUACGAUCCAACUGCCGGGUCUACACCAUUACAUUUACUUUCUACUCGCACCAGUGCUGAUCUAUCGCACCUCAUAUCCGCGUACUAACGCUCCGAUACGUUGGACCUUUGUUUGGGCGCGUUUAUUGGAAAUUCUCCUUGCCAUCUAUUACUUCACCUUCUUUUACGAGCGUUUCAUGAAACCCUACUAUCGUGUAUUCGGUGUUACGGCACCACAUUGGUCGACUAUUAUUGAGUGUUUCUAUGGCAUGUUAAUGCCUUCAACACUAUGUCUACUCUUGUUUAUUUAUAUGUUGUUGUAUUCGGUACAAAAUCUCUUUGCUGAGCUGUUACACUUCGGUGAUCGUAGAUUCUUUACAAAUUGGUGGUGUGUUACAAAUUAUCGCGAUUAUUUUAUCAGGUGGAAUUGUUUGGUACAGGAUUGGCUGUAUGAGUACAUCUAUAAGGAUUGCUACAGCUAUGUGUGUUCUAAUCGCUAUGUCUGCUCAUGCGCGGUUGUGACAAUUUCUGCUCUCGUGCAUGAACUACUAAUCGGUUUAGCUUUGCAGUUGUUCUUGCCGGUAAAUUACAUAUGCUUCGGUAUUCUCAGUUAUAUAAUAAUGCAUCUACCGUUAAGUGGUCGGUUUGGAAAUGUGAUUGUAUGGUUAUUUAUCCUUUUCGGCAUGGCGCUGCAGUUGUCUCUUUACAGCAUGGAAGCAUUCGCCAAAAUGAACUGUCCAAAAUCGUUCAGCGAGAGUUUCGGGGACAAACUGACGCCUUAUAUAUGGACUUGUAUACAAAAGCACCAAAAUUUAGAUAUAAUAAAUAGCACAGCUAGGAUUAAUAUUUAA